UGUCUGAUAAGACGCCAUUUAAGACUGCUGUAAACCAAAGCUUACAAGCUCAAGAUUAUUGGAGAAUGAGUGGCUAUGAGGAGAGAGAGGAGGAGAAUGUUGUUCACUACCAGAACCAGAGAGCAGCAUCUCCAGAGCCCAGCCUUGUGUCUAUGAAGAGUGAUGUAUCCAUGGAUGCACCCCCAAUCUUAAGUGAUAAAACAGCGACCUUUAACCCCAGGAGAAUGAGUGGCUAUGAGGAGAGAGAGGAGGAUGUUGUUCACUACCAGAACCAGAGAGCAGCAUCUCCAGAGCCCAGCCUUGUGUCUAUGAAGAGUGAUGUAUCCAUGGAUGCACCCCCAAUCUUAAGUGAUAAAACAGCGACCUUUAACCCCAGGAGAAUGAGUGGCUGUGAGGAGAAAGAGAAGGAGGAUGUUCACUAUAAGAACCAGAGAGCAGCAUCUCCAGAGCCCAGCUUUGUGUCUAUGAGGAGUGAAGGAUCCAUUCGAGCACCCCUAAACUUCAGGGAUAAAACAGAGAACUUUAACCCCAGGAGAAUGAGUGGCUGUGAGGAGAAAGAGAAGGAGGAGGAGGAGGUUGUUCACUACCAGAACCAGAGAGCAGCAUCUCCAGAGCCCAGCCUUAUAUCUAUGAAGAGUGAAGGAUCCAUUCGAGCACCCCUAAACUUCAGUGGUAAAACAGCGACCUUUAACCCCAGGAGAAUGAGUGGCUGUGAGGAGAAAGAGGAGGAGGAUGUUCACUAUAAGAACCAGAGAGCAGCAUCUCCAGAGACCAGCUUUGUGUCUAUGAGGAGUGAAGGAUCCAUUCGAGCACCCCUAAACUUCAGGGAUAAAACAGAGAACUUUAACCCCAGGAGAAUGAGUGGCUAUGAGGAGAGAGAGGAGGAGAAUGUUGUUCACUACCAGAACCAGAGAGCAGCAUCUCCAGAGCCCAGUCUGAUGUCUAUGAAGAGUGAAGGAUCCAUUCGAGCACCCUUAAACUUCAGUGGUAAAACAGAGAACUUUAACCCCAGGAGAAUGAGUGGCUGUGAGGAGAAAGAGAAGGAGGAUGUUCACUAUAAGAACCAGAGAGCAGCAUCUCCAGAGCCCAGCUUUGUGUCUAUGAGGAGUGAAGGAUCCAUUCGAGCACCCCUAAACUUCAGGGAUAAAACAGAGAACUUUAACCCCAGGAGAAUGAGUGGCUAUGAGGAGAGAGAGGAGGAGAAUGUUGUUCACUACCAGAACCAGAGAGCAGCAUCUCCAGAGCCCAGCCUGAUGUCUAUGAAGAGUGAAGGAUCCAUUCGAGCACCCUUAAACUUCAGUGGUAAAACAGAGAACUUUAACCCCAGGAGAAUGAGUGGCUGUGAGGAGAGAGAGGAGGAGGAUGUUCACUAUAAGAACCAGAGAGCAGCAUCUCCAGAGCCCAGCUUUGUGUCUAUGAGGAGUGAAGGAUCCAUUCGAGCACCCCUAAACUUCAGGGAUAAAACAGAGAACUUUAACCCCAGUGUGAAUAGAGAUGAUCAGCCUGGAGACCUGCAGCAGAAUUAUCACCAAUCAGUAAAUAAUAAACUAGACAAAGUCAAAGAUCUACACAAAACCAGCAUGAAGAACAAGUAUGAGAGCUUAUUUGAGGGAAUCAAACUCCAAGAGAAUCAAACCCUCCUGAACAGCAUCUAUACACAGCUCUACAUCAUAGAGGGAGAGAGAGAAGGAGUGAAUGAAGAACAUGAGGUUUUACAAAUGGAGAAAGCACCCAGAAUAAAGAAUUCACAUAACACUCAAAUCUACUGCAAUGAUAUAUUUAACUCCUUACCUGAGCCAGGAUGUGAUGAGAAAGACAAAAUAAAGGUUGUUCUCACUAAAGGCAUCGCUGGAAUUGGAAAAACCGUCUCUGUGCAGAAGUUUGUUUUGGACUGGGCCAAGGGAAAAGCAAAUCAGGAUGUAGAUUUCAUGUUUGUGCUUCCAUUUCGAGAUCUCAACUUGAUUCGAGAUGAUCAGUACAGUCUUCACAGACUUCUGCUGGACUUUCAUCCUGAACUUAAAGAUCUGGACUCAAAGAUUUACGAGGAGUCUAAAGUUGUGUUCAUCUUUGAUGGUCUGGAUGAAAGCAGAAUGACACUGAUGUUUAAAGACAGUGAGAAAGUUUCUGAUGUGACUGAGACUUCAUCAGUGAGUGUGUUGAUGUCAAACCUCAUGAAAGGAGAGCUGCUUCCCUCUGCAUUCAUAUGGAUCACCACCAGACCAGCAGCAGCCAGUCAGAUUCCCUACAAAUACAUCAACCGUCUGACAGAAAUUCAGGGAUUCAGUGAGCCUCAGAAGGAGGAAUAUUUCAAGAAGAGAAUCAGUGAUGAGCAUCAAGCCAGCAGAAUCAUCUCACACAUCAGAAGAGCAAGAAGCCUCCACAUCAUGUGCCACAUUCCCGUCUUCUGCUGGAUCUCAGCCACUGUGCUUCAAAAGCUCUUGAAAGAAGAUCUGAGUGCAGAAAUCCCUCAAACUCUGACUGAAAUGUACAUCCACUUCCUCCUGAUUCAGAUUAACAAGAAGAAUCAGAAGUAUGAUGAGAGAGAUCCAGAGAAACUCCUGCAGUCCAACAGAGAAGUGAUUGUAAAACUUGCUGUAGUGGCUUUCAAACAGCUGAUAAAGGGCAAUGUCAUGUUCUAUGAGGAAGACCUGAGAGAGAGUGGCAUAGACAUCUCUGAUGCCUCAGUGUAUUCUGGGAUUUGCACUGAGAUCUUUAAGGAGGAAUCUGUGAUUCAUCAGAGGAAAGUCUACUGCUUCAUACAUCUGAGUAUUCAGGAGUUUCUCGCUGCAUUCUAUGUGUUUUACUGCCAUCUGACAAAGAACAUGGAGCCAUUGCAGUUGUUUCUGAAUGAUAAACAUGAGAAGUACAGCUCUACGAAAAACAUGUCUGCACUACUAUCAUCAGCAGUCGAUAAAACCCUUCAGACUGAAAAUGGACACCUGGAUCUUUUUCUGCGGUUUCUGCUGGGUGUCUCACUGGAGUCCAAUCAGAAACUCUUAAAGGAUCUACUGACACACACAGAGACUAACUCAGAGAGCAUUAGAGAAACCACACUGUACAUUAAAAAUGCAAUCAAAGAAAGUCACGGUAUCUCGGCUGACAGAUCCAUCAGUCUGUUUCUCUGUCUGCUGGAAGUGAAGGAUCAGACUCUGUACAGGGAGAUUCAGGAAAUUGUGAAAUCAGACAAACACUCAGAUAUACUCACUCCUGCUCACUGCUCAGCAAUAGGCUACAUGCUUCAGAUGUCAGAAGAGGUGCUGGAUGAGUUUGACCUCAUGAAAUACAACGCAUCAUAUGAGAAUAGAUGGAGACUGAUACCAGCUGUGAUGAACUGCAGAAAAGCUCUACUUGGUGGAUGUGGUCUCUCUGAUCGGUGCUGUGAAAGUUUGUCUUCAGCUCUACAAUCAUCAAAUACAUAUUUGAGAGAGCUGAACCUGAGUAGCAAUGACAUCCGAGAUUCAGGAGUGAAGCUGCUCUCGGACGGACUGACGAGUUCACACUGUCAACUGAACAUACUGAGACUGGCAGGUUGUCAAUUGACUAGUCAGUGCUGUGAAAGUUUGUCUUUAGCUCUACAAUCAUCAAACUCCCCUCUGAUAGAGUUGGACCUGAGUAACAAUGACCUGCGGGAUUCCGGAGUGAAGCUCCUCUCUACUGGGCUGAUGAGUUCAUACUGUCAACUGUACAUACUGAGAUUGGCCAACUGUAAUCUCACUGGUCAGUGUUGUGAAAGUUUGUCUUCAGUUCUACAAUUAUUACACUCUCCUCUGAGAGAGCUGGAUCUGAGUAACAAUUCCCUGAUGGAUUCAGGAGUGAAGCUGCUGUCUUUUGGACUAAAGAGUUCACACUGUCACCUGAACAUACUCAGAUUAUCUGGAUGUAUGGUGACAGAGGAAGGAUGUGGUUAUGUGUCUUCAGCUUUGAGUUCAAACCCCUCACACCUGAGAGAGCUGGAUCUAAGCUACAAUCACCCAGGGAAUUUGGGAAUCAAGCUGCUUUCUGAUACAAUGAACAAUCCAAACUGUACAUUAGGCAAACUCAAUGUGGAUCAUGGAGGAGAAUUCAGGAUUACAGCAGGACUACACAAAUAUGCCUGUAAUCUCACACUGGAUCCAAACACAGUAAGCACUGAACUUACUCUUUCUAAUGAGAACAGAAAGGUGACAUAUUUGGAAGAAAAACAGUCAUAUCCUGAUCAUCCAGAGAGAUUUGAUGAGUGUCCUCAGGUUCUGUGUAGAGAGACUCUGUCUGGACGCCAUUAUUGGGAGGCUGAAUGGAGAGGAGAUUUUGAUGUAUCAGUGACAUAUAAAGGAAUCAACAGGAAAGGAUGGAGUGAUGACUGUCAGUUUGGACUCAAUGAAAACUCCUGGAGUCUGAACUGCUCUGAUAACAUUGUCACUGUCUGGCACAAUAAGAAGUCAACUGACAUACAUGUCCCUUUAGGCUCCUUUAAAAGAGUUGGAGUGUAUGUGGAUGUGUCAGCCGGUACGCUGUCCUUCUACAGUGUCUCUGACACACACACACUCACACACUUACACACAUUCACCUCCACAUUUACGGAGUCUCUCUAUGCUGGAUUUUGGGUUCAUUUCAGUUUCAACUGCUCAGUGUCUUUGUGCAAGUUUGAAAAGCUUGUGAGCCAAAACAAAGAUGUCACACAUAAAUGAAUCAAAUACUCUUACUUUAUAAAUCUUUAUUACAUGGCCCUGUGGAAUACUUGAUUCUGAUUGGUCAAUGGCGCCAUCCAGCAGUAUGUAAUUCCCUGAUAACAACCGCUAAAAACAGAUUACUCAGGCUCAUCCGGGUAAAAGUCUGCAGUGCUAUACACUUUCUAGGAACGUUUUUUCCUCAUGGAAGUUUGGCUGCUGCCAUUUUGCGACUAUUGUGUUGUUCACUGUAAUGGAUUAUAAGAUAACAAACAGGUAUGAUUUUAAAUCAGUUCAAUCUCAGAUCAAUAUUGUAUACCGUAUCUCUUAAAUGGUUUAUUCUGCAAUAACAACUUACUGGUAACACACAUAUGAUGGGUUACUGUGUUUUAUGGGGACUUUCCAUAGACAAUGAUUUUUCUAUUGUUCAAACUGUAUAUAUUAUAUACCUUAAACCAUUGGUUCCCAAACUUUUUAGUGUAGUACCCCCUGAGGCAUUUAACAUCUUUCUUCCACCUUUUCCAUAAGGGACAAUAUUUGCCCCUGUAAAUUGAUUUCCCAGUGCAUUUUUACCUUUAUAAAUACCUUUAUAGAAUAAAUUGUUUUAAAUAAUAAUUUAAACAAUUUUAAAUAGAGAAAUACGCAAUAGUGAUAAAAACGAAGUGAUACUUUUAAAUAUUAAACGCAAACUGCCAGUAGGUGGCGGUAAGUCACUGUCUUAAUAAGUGAGUCAUCGAGUCAUUCAUUCAUACAUUCAGUAAUGAAGCAAGUGGCUGUGUUUAUGAAUGGGUCAUUGAAUCAGUGACUCUCACGAUUUGUUCAAAGCCGCAGAUUUGUUCACAAAACACCACUGUGUGUUGCUUUGAUCUUAAAGGGACUUUGUUGGAGACGCACCACAGUUCUGCUGUGGCAUUCAUUUGAAGUAAUAUUUCAUUGCAAAAUACAGCAAAUAAUACUGACAGGACUGUGUUUAAAAUGUACAUCACUUAUUACCCUUCUGUUUGUUGAACUGUUGUAAAAAAUCAAUUGUCACAUUUGCAAUCGUGUAGAUAUUUCGGAAAAAAUGCAUUAGGCUAUUGCUUGUAUAAUAUAUUAUCAACAUUAAAAACAAGAACUCACACAGGAUAUGUUUUGUAUCGAAGAGAGUUUGAGUUACAUCCCCACUUUUACAUUGUCGAAAACGGCAGUAAUUUAGCACGAUCUGCUAAGGCAGCAGACUCUGCACGCAACCUAUCAUAUACAAGCUGCUUGUGUGGGUGCAGUCAGUUUUGACCGCAAAAGAUGAGGUAGAUUUGAUUAGAUGGUAUGUAUUUACGGCAUUUUUCCUGCUAGAAAUACAUGCUCGGUUUUAAUGUUAUUUUAAGGAAGCGUACAAUGAUAUGAACGGAAAAACUAAGCAUUUUGUUCGCGUACCCCAGUUUGGGAACCACUGCCUUAAACACAAUCUUCAGACAACUUUUAUUUUUAAUGUAUUUAAAAGGGAAAAAAACAAAACAAAAAAAAAAAAUUAGAAAGAUUUACUAGCUGUUUUUCUCAUGGGGACCAAAUAUAUAAUUCCACAUGCACACUGGCUUCAAUUGUACAUGUAUCUAGAUUUUGUAACAGUUGUAUCUAAUUUGUAACUAUUCAAUGUAAUAUCCUGAAGCAGUGCUCUUAAAGGGUUAGUUCACCCAAAAAUAAAAUUUCUGUCAUUAAGUACUCACCCUCAUGUCGCCCCACACCCGUAAGGAACACAAUUUAAGAUAUUUUUGAUGAAAUCCAAGGGUUUCUGAACCACCUUUUGAGGUCCAGAAAGUUAUUAAAAACAUUGUUAAAAUAGUUCAUGUGACUACAGUGGUUCAACCUUAAUGUUAUGAAGCGACAAGAAUACUUUGUGUGUCAAAACAAAACAUGACUUUAUUUAACAAAUUUGUCUCUCCCCUGUUAUUCUCCUAUGCUAUUUUUGUUGCAGCGCUUCCAGGUUCUAUGACAAAAUGCUGAUUCAGUAUUGGCCAACGCUGUACAUGUGAGCAGCACAACGCAUGAUGCUGAUGCAGGAGCUGGCCAAAUAAUGAGUCGGAUUUCUGACAUAGAACACGGAAGCAGAAAUUUAAUUUUUUGGGUGAACUAACCCUUUAACAGCAUAAUAUUAUCUGUAAAUAUGACAAUUUUAAAGUACUGUCAAAUGAAUAUUAAAGUAUUUGUUAAACUAAGAAAAAUCAUGUCACAUUCUCUUUUAGUUCAAUACUGUUUUUUUUUUGUUUUUUUUACCAUUGUUACAUAUGUGACAUAUUUGGGCAAUUUCACUCUGCACAAGAAUUGCCCUGAGUGUUCUCAUUGACUUCCAUAAAAAGUUUUUUUUUUUUUUUUGUGUGCAAUAUUUGGGUUCUGGGAGGGCUAGCACUAACAUGCUUUUGUCAUAAUACAUAAUCUUAACUUGUGGUAGUAACAAACAUACCUCUGUUAAUAAUCUUUAAGCUGAAGUAACUGACAUCCAAUAAUAUUUAAAAACAAUUUUGAAUUUGAACAAGAAAAAAUUAACUGUACUGCACUAAAAUAAGUGAAAUCACUUUGACAAUGUCUAUUUCUUUAGAAUAA